UCUUUUAAUUUGUCUCUCCUUCCAACACGUUCUACUCUUCUUCUUCUUCUUCUUCACUCUGAACUUCUCUCUCUUUUCUCUCUCACUUGUUGCCCGUUGUGAACACAAAAUUCUCCAUUUUUUGUUCUUCAUAACUCCAAAAGUCUCUACAAUUUCUUACUAUGCAAUGUUAUAAUUAACAUGAACAAAGUGCACAUUGCUGCACACAAAUGAAUCCCACCACUAUAGACCCAACUCAACCACCACCACAACCACAACUUACUCAACCACCACGCUCUUCUUUCAGUUGUGACCGUCACCCAGAUGAACAAUUCACGGGCUUUUGCCCUGAAUGUCUGUGUGAACGACUCACCACCUUAGAUAACAAUGCCAACAAUGAUAAUCCUUCUUCUUCUUCUCGUCGUCCUUCUACUUCUUCUGCUACUGCUGCCAUUAAAUCCCUUUUUUCCAAACCUUCUGCUAGUAAUCUUCCUCCUAAACCCGCUAAGUCCACCUCGUUUUUUCCUGAACUUCGGAGGACUAAGUCCUUCUCCGCUUCAAAAAACGAGGCGUUGGGGUUUAAUGCUGCUGCUUUUGAACCCCAAAGAAAGUCCUGUGAUGUGCGAGGACGUAAUACUCUUUGGUCUUUGUUUUCAAUAGACGACGAGACGAAAACUUGUAAGCCCACUUGUUCACAAAAUCGGAAUGACAUUGGUGGUAGACCAGUUAAGGAGGAGGAGGAGGAGGAAGAGGAAGAGGAGCCCGAAAAAGAUGAAGAUUCUGGAAAUGUGGUUGAUGAGAUAGUUGAAGAGGAGUUACCGGUGGAGCCAGAGAUUGUGGUUGAAGAAGAGGUGAAUGUGGAUGUAUUGAAGCCGAUAAAAGAUUAUAUCGAUCUCGAUUCACAGGCGAAAAAGGCGAAAAAGGAAAUUGGAGGGAGUUUUUGGUCAGCUGCAUCGGUAUUUAGCAAGAAAUGGCACAACUGGAGGAAAAAACAGAAGCUGAAGAAGCGAAACAAUAGCGAAAAUGGCGAAAAUUCAGGUACAUUGCAUAUAGAAAAGCCAAUUUCAAGGCGCUAUAAUAAUAAUAGGGAUACACAAUCUGAGAUAGCAGACUAUGGUUUUGGGAGAAGGUCAUGUGAUACUGAUCCUCGAUUUUCACUUGAUGCUGGGAGGAUGAGUUUUGAUGAUCCUCGGUAUUCUUUUGACGAGCCUCGUGCGUCUUGGGAUGGUUAUUUGAUUGGUAGGAGUUUCCCUAGAAUGCCACCAAUGGUUUCGGUUAUAGAAGAUGCCCCGGUUGUGCAUAUUCCGCGGUUUGAUCAUCAAAUACCUGUUGAGGAACCGCGUCUUUCAAUGACUUCUAUCAAUGAGGAUGAAGGGGUACCUGGAGGGUCUAUUCAGACUAAGGAGUAUUAUUCGGAUUCGUCUUCGAGGCGAAGGAAGAGUCUUGAUAGGUCUAAUUCAAUUAGGAAGACUGCAGCUGCUGUUGUAGCAGAAAUGGAUCAGAUGAAGGCGGCAGCAGUAUUGCCUGCUACGGGUGAUCAAUAUCUUGGAGCCAAAGUGUUGGUUGGUGAAAGGGAUUCAAAUUCGAAUUCCAAUUCCUUAAGAGGAGAUGACUGUUCUGAGACUUUUGAAUUGACAGGUUUUAGAGAUAAUGGUAACGAGGAGCAGCGAAAGGAGUCGAAAAAAUCGAGGAGGUGGGCUUGGAAUUUAUGGGGUUUUAUACAUAGGAGAGUUAGUGGGAACAAAGAUGAAGAAGAUGAUAGGUAUAGUAGAUCAAAUGGAGUAGAGAGGUCGUUUUCGGAAUCUUGGCAAGAUUUGAGGACAAAUGGUGAUGUUAGAGGUGGUAUUAAUAGGAAGGUCUUAAGGAGUAAUAGCAGUGUGAGCUGGAGAAACUCGAACGGUAUAGGUGGUGGGUCAUUUGGGAGUGUGAGGAAAUCUGGUGUUGAAAUGAAUGGACAUGUAAAGAAGAAAAGAGAUGAUAUUGUGUUGGAGAGAAAUCGGAGCGCAAGGUAUUCACCUAAUCAUCUUGAUAAUGGACUCUUGCGGUUCUACUUGGCACCCAUGAGAGGCAGCCGGAGAGGUUUAUCAGGAAAAAGUAGGCCAAAUGGCUCACACUCCAUUGCGAGGAGCUUACUUCGACUUUACUGAGAUAUCCGAGGAACAAGUUUGAGGCUUAGGACAACAUACUACAUGUCCUUAUCUUUCUUGGUAUCGACAAUGUCACUGCAGAAAAACUGCUUUCUUGAACAGACUCCACGGAAGCUCAGUUCGAGAAGCUCCAUUCGGUGCAGAGUAUUGAUUGAUAAAGAACAAAGUGGAUUAUCAAAAAUCUACCUUGGACCUUGUUUAGAAAGACAAGCUUCAACUAGGGGAUUCUGUAAAAAAUGUCCUGCAUAUUUAUCCCUGUAGUGAUAAUUUGCAUGUAUAAAUGUUGACUAAUUGGGAUAUGUAGUAGUGUCCAUAUCCUCUUUAGUGCAGAAGAGUUGAGAUUUUCUUGCUUUCUGAGUUGGGGGUCUGUAUCUUCCAUUGGUAAUGGUUAAAAUGAAAAGAAAAAUUGGUGGAUUGGUUGCAA